AUGAUGGUAUGUCACACUUUCUACUUAUUUAUUUCCUUUUUAAAUGCAUUCCUCAAGAAAAAUCCAGGGAAAGUGUUUGGAUGGUACCUUUCAGGGUGAGUUAAGCUCCCUUUCUGCUAGAAAAUGCGGGACUCAAAACUGUUCGGCUAUGAGCUUCUGUAUCUGAAUAGGGAGAAUAGAGCAUGGGUAGGCAAACUAAGGCCCGGGGGCCAGAUCCGGCCCAAUCACCUUCUAAAUCCGGCCCCCAGACGGUCCAGGAAUAAGCAUGUUUUUUCAUGAGUAGAAUGUGUCCUUUUAUUUAAAAUGCAUCUCUGGUUUAUUUGUGGGGCAUAGGAAUUCAUUCACUCCCCCCCACUAAAAAAAAAGUCUGGCCCCCAACAAGGUCUGAGGGACAGUGGACUGAAAAAGUUUGCUGACCCCUGUUUUAAUGUGUUGUAAAUGGCUUUGAGAUUUUUUCCCCUUUAAAAUAUAAAGCAGUAUAGAAAUAAAAUUAAUAAUAGUAACAGUAAGUUCCAUUGCAAAAAACCUGCCUAGAGAUUCUGUUGUGCCGACCGUAGCCCAGGUUUAAGAGGUGCCAUUUGGCGAUUAGCUUAUAUACCUGAGUUUCUAACACUGGUCAAGGGUGGGGAAGAGGCUGUCAAUGCCUGCAAAUCCCAGCGCUUUACCGUAUUUUUUGCACCAUAGGACGCACCAGACAAUAGGACGCACUUUGUUUUAGAGGGGGGAGAACAAGAAAAAAAAAUUCUCCCCCUCUCUGCCCAGCGCCCCUUCAGCGAAGUGGCAGGAGGCACUGUGCAGAGAGGGGAGAACUUUCCCUCUUGUUUUCCCGCUCUAAAACAAGGUGCCGCUUAAGGUGCGUUCAGGCGGCUACCUUGGAGCCUGGAGAGCGAGAGGGAUCGGUGUGCACUGACCCUCUCGCUCUCCAGGCUUCAGGUUCCUUUGACCUGCUCUUUGGGGCUGGCGGGGAAGCCCACCACCAGCCCCAAAGAGCAGUUCAGGAGCAGCGGAAAGGCGCAGCGGAGAGGCUCCUGCCAUAGCUGUGCGUCACCUCUCCAGCUGGGAGAGGGUCGCUGGGCUAUGGCUGCUUUAGCCCCGCGCGCGCUCUCCCGGCUGGAGAGGUGACGCACGGCUAUGGCAGGAGCCUCACUAGCCGUGCGUCACCUCUCCAGCCGGGAGAGGGUCACGGGGGGCUGCUUUAGCCCCGCGCGCGCUCUCCCGGCUGGAGAGGUGACGGGCGGCUAUGGCGCGUCACCUCUCCAGCCGGGAGAGGGUCACGGGGGGCUCCUUUCGCCCCGCGCGCUCCCGGCUGGAGAGGUGACGGGCGGCUAUGGCACGAGCCUCAAUAGCCGCGCUUCACCUCUCCAGCCGGGAGAGGGUCGCGGGGGGCUUCUUUAGCCCCGUGCGCGCUCUCCCGGCUGGAGAGGUGACGCGGGGCUGUAGAGGCUCCUGCCAUAGCUGCGCGUCACCUCUCCAGCCGGGAGAGGGUCGCGGGGCUAUGGCGUCUUCGCUCCAUAGGACGCACACACAUUUUCCCUUCAUUUUUGAAGGGAAAACAGUGCGUCCUAUAGAGCGAAAAAUACGGUACUUCCAAGUAAGAGAGAGUGCAGAUACAAUGAAGCCCAUUUAAUUGGGUUUGAGGGUGGGGCAGCAUCAGAGUCCCCCCGCACUGUUGCAUUCUUGGAAGCAGAAACACUCUAAUCGAGCUUCUAAUUCAGGUGGUACAAUGGGGGCACCCAGCUAGAAUGUUGCUCAGAGUGGAAAUAUUUAGGAGACUUUUGAAAAUGCACUUUCUGGCUGGGUUGGCAACUCUUUUCCCCCGGUCAGAACGGAACGGUCUUUCAGAUUCCUAUGAACAAUGGCGCUACUGAUCAUGGCUGUGCAGCCUUAAGAUUGAGAGGCGAUUUUAGCUGGAAAAUGUUGACCAGCUUGUUGGGCAAGGGAUUCAUGUCAUGCCUUUUUGGCUUCCGUUUCUUCACCUGCGCUGAGCCUGCUUCUGAAGACAGCACUGCUUUUAUUUUCCAACACUCCUUUCCUGUUAAUGGUUAAUUCCAUCCCAAGGCAAACAACUCCAGAAGGAGAAAGUGCUUGUUUCUUUCUGGUAGGUUGUCAUGGCUCCAGGCUGCUGCUGGCUGUUAUCUCUCCCCCCCACCUGCUCCUGCAGGGCCAACCCAAGGAGUUUACCUGUCCCAAGCAGGUGCCCUGUGAAAUGGAGGGGAUAGGAGUGCACCCCUUUUACUUCUUGCAACAUUGCAGAGCAUGUUGGCAUCACAACUAUGAAUAUGUACACUGUGUUUGGUCCUGUGAUAGGAAUUUUGAGGACUUAGAUAUAUGUUAAAAUGUUCCUAAGUAUACCAACGAAGCACGUACAUAGAUCAGCACAGGAAGACCGACCUGAAGUCAUUUUGAUUCCUAAACUGAGCAAAUGUUUUCUCUGCAAGGUCAAAGUGGAAAAGCCUCCCCAUUGUCUUUUCCUUCACAAAUCCUGUCUUAAGGGUAUGUCUGUGUUUGAAUAGGGUGUGAGCCUGUGACAUGGCCCAGGAACUAAGUAUUUAUCGUUACAAAAGACUGGCCAGGCUCCCCAGGCAAUCCAAUCAAGUAACCUGCCAGACAGGAGAUAAACAAUGAUGGCAGAAAAACAACAUUCAAAUUUCUGUUUUAAGACCGCCUUUUCUGUGAUGUAGGUAUGAUGUAUCUGAGGGGUGGUCUUAGGUUACACCCCUUCUGUGAUGUAUGUAUGAUGUUUCUGGGGGUGGUCUUGUUCUACAAGGUGGCAAUUUCAAAAGUUUUUAUAAGGCCUUGGACGCCAUUUUUCUGGGUUCCUCCUCCUCUCCUGUGGGUGAGGGGAGCACCCUGUUGCAACAGAUCAAUAAAGAUCAAGCUUACUAGCUGCUUUGCUUCUCAAUUUUCUCUGGUUGGCCUCUGUUAUUUUCUCCUACCACUAGGGAACCUAUGUAAGGACUCUAUAUGGGCUCUUGGAUACCCCAUAAGGGAAAAGGGCAAUUUUUGUUUACAACAGUCCACUGUCUUCUGUAAUGCUUUCCCCCCAUUUAUAUCCCACAAGAGUUCAAGAUGGUGCAGCUGAUUCUCCCCCUCAUUUAAUCCCCACAUCAACCCUGUGUGGUAGGCUCGACAGAGACAUAAGAAAGUUACUGGCCCAAGGCCACCCACUGAGCUCCAAGGCUGAGUGGAUCUGCCAGUCCUAGUUUGGGCACUUGAACCAAUAUGCACUGCUGGAAUCUACUUAUGCAGGCAACUCUCAACUUAGGCAGGGGUUGGCAGGCAAAGCCAAAAUUGUGUAUAGUCAAAACACAUUGCGUUCAAGGGUGGUGAGAUUGCCAAAGUCUUUUUUACCCGCUUUUGACCCCCUUUUUAAUAUUUUUUUUAAGCUGAAUGCGCACAAGUUUUAAAUGCACGUAAGCUACGAGUUACCUGGACUAACAUUGCAGACUAUUUAUGUUGUACUGUACAUCAAUAUUUUCUUAUACACAGCUUAGCAGCUGUUUUAUGUCUUGUGCCCCUUGCCUGGUUAACGCCUUCUCCUUCUUUCUUGCUCCACAUCUGAGCAGAAGAAUAUGGAACUGGCUGGUGAGAAGCUGAGGAAGGAGCUGGAAGAGGAGUUGAAACUGGACCCUGAGCAACUUCGCAGCCACGCCUGGUACCACGGCUGUCUGCCACGGCAGGUAAUAGCUCACGGAUACUGUGGCGGUGAGCAGGAGGAGAACUUAACAAUGCUUUCCUGGGACUGUCUCUUAACUCUCGGAAAGUGUAGAAAUCUGCCGGUGGUACCCCAAACUGUUCUGAAUGGCGAAGGUCUGCUUCUCCCGAUGUAUUCGUGAUUACUUGUGCCAUUUCUCUCCCGUCCAUCAACUAAGUCCUCUGCGUUGGUUCACAGCUGAAGGAAACAAUAACAUGCAGUAGAAAAUGUAGUGGAAUUCAGCACGAUGGUAUUACUCGCAAUGCCUGUCCUGCUCAACGCAAAGCCCUUUACAAAGCUACCUUAAUCCUCUUUGCCUCUUUCGGAAGUUUGGACAAAGAGGAGGAGCUGUUUCAGCACAGAGAGCAGGCACAGUGGUGGUGAAAUCAUAGAUGAAGAUGGUUCUGUGUCUCCAAAGUGUGCGGAAGCUGCAAAUUCCAUGUCCUCUCAAAGGGGGGGGGGGGGAGAUCAUAGAAUUGUAGAGUUAGAAGGGACCCAAACAGCCACCCAGUACAACGCCCUAUAAAAUCUCUUCCCACUGUGGAUUCCCUAUGGCAGAGGUUUUCAAUCUUUGGCAGCCUCUCUCCCUCUUCCAGACACCCUCCCUUGCGGAGGGUUCCUCCAGCCUUCUCUCCACUCUCCUUAGGAGUCCUCUUGGCAGCCACUGCUGCCGCCCCUGGUCUGUGAGCUGCUCCCCCCCGCCCCAAAGAGAGGUGUCUCCCAGAGGCACCAUUCGCCUGCGGAGCUUAUAGCCGGAAUGCUGCAACAAACAGCUGUGCAGGUCUUUGGGAGGCAGAGACAUGCAAGAGGGCAUCAGAGGAGGGAGGGAAAGAAAGAGGGACAGAGGCUAGUGUUGCCCAUGGCAGCACUGACCAUCAUUCAAGGCACCUCAGGGUGCCACGGCACACUGGUUGAAAACCACUGCCCUAUGGGCUUAUUGCGUUCAGUAGCUGCAAGGUUCUCUCCUUUAAUAGUUGUCCGGAAGGGAAGAGUUUUGAAGGGUGCAUAUUGUAUCUGGCCCAGAAGAGAGAUUGAUGUAGCUGUCAAAGGUAUCCUAUAGCAGAUAUGGUCUCCUGCCGAUGGACUUGCAGUACCUCUCCACACUGACUCCUUGGAUCCUGCUAGACAACCCUCCUUUCUUGCUACAGUGGUACCUCGGGUUACAGACACUUCAGGUUAAAGACGCCACUAACCCAGAAAUAGUACCUCGGGUUAAGAACUUUGCUUUAGGAUGAGAACAGAAAUUGCGCGGUGGUGGGAGGCCCCAUUAGCUAAAGUGGUACCUCAGGUUAAGAACAGUUUCAGGUUAAGAAUGGACCUCCGGAACGAAUUAAGUUCUUAACCCGAGGUACCACUGUACACUGUUUUUGCUCCUGAUCUCCUCGGCCACCUCCAACCGCAAACUAAGUUCCUCUAUCUCUCUCUCCCUCGUUUUCCUUUCUGGCCUUAGGAGGCAGAGUCUCUGCUGCAGGACGAUGGAGAGUUCCUCAUUCGUGACUCACGGUCCAGCUCUGGCGACUACGUCCUGUCGUGCCGCUGGGGCGGCCAGGCCCUGCACUUCAAGAUCAUCCGCGUGGUGCUGCGCCCCCGGAAGGGCUAUUCCCGCACCCUCUUCCAGUUUGAGCAGGAGCAGUUUGACAACGUGCCCGCCCUGGUGCGCUUCUACGUGGGCAAUCAGAAGGCCAUCUCGGACGCCUCGGGAGCCGUGGUGUCCCGGCCUGUCAACAGGAGCGUGCCCCUCCGCUGGCUGAAGGAGCGGUACAGCGACACUGGCCAACCCCCGGGGCCGGGCAGGGUGCCCCUUCGGCGCUUCAGCUUCCGUGCAGCCGCAGAUGCGGAGGAGACGGGAGACGGGAGCUUGCUUCGGUGAGCAAACAAUUACUGUGGGAGCUUUGUCUUGGGGGAGGUUGCGAUGGUGGGCAUGGCAUGGCUUUCUUGUGCAAAUCUAAGCCAGUGCCUAAUGGGACUCCCAAAUCCCAUUCCCAGCCAGCAUGGCCAAUGGUUACGGGCAGGGCUUCCCCCCCCCAAACUGGAACUCAGUUCCAGCAUCUCUCAGGUGAGUUCUGGCACCUCUCAAGUGGACACCAUUGCCAUUCUAAGAGAACGAAGGAGUUGUUCAUGGUGAGUUCCAGCACCUCUUUUUCUAGAAAAAUAGUACUGGUUAGGGGUGAAUGAUCGGUGUUGUAGUUCAACGACAUCUGGAGAGCCACAAGUUCCUGUGAUUUAAGCAGGCCAACUAGGAGGAAGCACAACUUUUAGACCUACGUCUAAAUAGCUGUGAGCAAUUCCCUGGUCUCGUUCAGAUGUAAUGCCAAACCAUAGUUCAGUGCUUCAGAGGGCCUUGGGCUCCCUCCUCCCCUCCCUUCUGUCCAAGUAUGAGAUAAACGUGUGAAUUGACCUGCCUUGCGUUGUGGCUCUUGAAGCCGCGUCAGUGUGAUGUCCAUUUGUAUGUGAGUCUAAGCAUUAUCUGGCAGCUGGUCCACACAUUCAAGUGGCUUUUCUGCAGGUUUUUGAAAGGCGGCAUUGGUGGGCUGGAAUGGGUUGGUCAGCCAGUCAUUUCCCUCUUAUCCGCCUCCCCCACCCCAGGACAAAAGAUCGAAGUGGAAGUGACCCCAGUAGUCUAGACCAGUUGGAUCGGAAGCCGUCCUUGCAUGGUGCCCAGUCGGACAGCAAUUUGCUGACAGGUGAGUGACGUGGAGAUGGCAGGCUCAAUAUCAGCUUCUGUUUGUAAUGCUGGAGGUGGGUAAGCAAUGGUAAAAGUUCAGUGCAGUUAUUACUAGACUUAAAAGAGGCAAGCUGUUAAGUUUUCAUCAGCUUUCUGGGAUGUUUUCCACUGUCCAGUUGUUCUUGGGCUUGUUGAUCAGAAGGUCAGCAGUUUGAAUCCGCUCGAUUGGGUGAGCUCCUGUUGUUUUGUCCCAGCUUCUGCCAACCUAGUAGUUUGAAAGCACACCAGCGCAAGUAGAUAAAUAGGUACUGCUGUGCCUGGAAGGUAAAUGGCGUUUCCGUGUGCUCUGGCACUCGUCACAGUGUCCCACUGCACCAGAAGCGGAUUAGUCAUGCUGGUCACAUGACCUGGAAAGCUGUCUGUGGACAAACACCAGCUCCCUCAGCCUGAAGUGAGAUGCACGCCGCAACCCUGUAGUCGCCUUUGACUGGACUUAUCUGUCCAGGGGUCCUUAACCUCUUUAUCUUUACCUUCUGUCAUCCAGCUUGAAAAUAGACAUGAUGUUUCACUUUUUAUUUUUUCAUGCGAAAGGAGAGAUUUUUAUUCUGUUCAAAAAUCAUGGCAUUUACCAAUGGAAAAAGAACAACACAACAAGGUCCUACUUUAAUGGGUUGAGAGCAGAAACAGCAACAACAACAAAUCCAAACCACACUUCAGAACCAGAGUAAAUCAUGGAUUGUUUCUCUUAGGUUGUAAAUUGUGGGAUUUUGAAGAAUAGACCUCCUUGGGCUGUUUUGCUUAUUUAUUUAGAAAAGGUAUAUGAGGACAGCAGUUGUUGCUGUUGGAAUGGGUGCCAAUCGAGAAAGACAGUUGGGUCACAGAAUCAUAGAAUUUUAGAGUUGGAAGGCACCCUGGGGUCAUCUAGUCCAACCCCCUGAAAUGCAGGAAUCUUUUGCCCAACAACCCUAAGAUUAAGAGUCUCAUGCUCUACUGACUGGGAAAAGCAGUGGGCACUGUUUCAGCUCUACGAUAACCCAGAUUUGGAUAUUUGAAUAUCAGCAUCAUUGGCCAACGACUAAUACGAUGACCUGGGUUUGAUGGGCUUAAUUUGAGAGUUGGAGCUUACUGCCUUUCAGACUGCAGAGGAACCAACCCCCACGUCCAGUUGCCAGGAACCAGGGUGGAUUUGAUUUAAAUCAAAUCGAUUUAAAUCACUAGUCAGUAAGACUUCGAAAUACAUAGACAGAUAAUUAUGAAGUUAUUGUGAGAUUUAAUAAGUUAACUUUAUAUUUGGAAAACUUUUCUGCUGUACUUUAUUGGAAGGAGAAAAACAACCAUUUCCUUAAUAACAAUUUAAACAAUUUAUUUAACUUAAACAAUAACAUUACAGCAUAUGUAUCCAUGUUUGUUAAUUGAUGUGGUUAAACAGUUUGUUUUUUUAAAAAAAGCAAACUUAGACUGAGUUUUAGCACAGAUGAAAAACUUAAAACAAAUCCUUAUUUCCUGAUGAAUAGCCUUUGGACUAUAAUGUAACUUAAAUAGAAAACUAUCUUUAGAAAGAUUUUUCAUCCAAAAGCAUUUUAUUUUAAAAAUCUAAUUUAAAUAAAAAAAAUCCAAUUUAAAUUAAAAAAAAAUCCAAUUAAUUUUUUUUAAAAAAAUUGAUUUUUAUCCACCCUGCCAGGAAUGGAUAAGACAAGGAAAAGUCCUUACCAUCUACUUUUUAUUCAAUAUUUACAGAGAAAGGCUUGGGAAUGUAGCCUCUUGGAAUAAUGACGUUGUCCUGGGUCAAUCUCCACCCUCCUCUCCCACUUCCUCAUUCGUUAUCUCUUCUACAGGUGACGCUGAGGCCACUUUGCUUCUGAGCCCUUUGCUCUCCUACUUUUAAGGCUCGCCACGUUCUGGGAGAUGGCGGGUCUGGAAUGCUUUCUAGUGAUAACGUGUCAGCCAGCUGCUCCGUCUCUGCCUCAUCCUCUCCCAUUAUUUCCCUACUUUCCCCCUCAUCUUCCUCUGAGCUGUGAUCCCCCUCAAACCCCUGUUGUAAUUCCUUCAGGAAGGUUCAGGCUGGGGAGGUGGUCUCCACCAUUCCUCCUCUGCCCAGCCCCUGACACUGCGUGGACUUAGUGCCUGUUCUUUCUUCUGACCCACAGGUAGCCCAGAAACAUCACCUGGAGCCCAGGACCGGUGCCAGCUCCCUCCCCUGUCUCCUGCCUUCCGCACAGGCAGCGACCCUGUCCUGCGGCCCAACGCCCUGAAGCCUCGCCCACUGGGAGGUCCACCACUGAGCGGUUCUGAGGGACGGCUCCACUCCAAGGCUCCACCCAAACCUUUGAGGGCCCCGUCCAUGCUGGUGAGCGACUACUGCGAACUGGUUCCCAAGGCUCCCGAAGGCCCCGGAAGCCAUGUGGAACGUCUACGGAAGGAAGAACGGUGGCGGGGCCAGGCCUACAUCACAGAGACGUCCUUUGGGUUCCUGGACACGGACGGGGCACCUUCUACCCUCCCUGACACGGCGGAGGCUGCCGAGGAGCCAGAAUUCGAAUGGCCCCUGGUAGAGACCACCUCCUCCUUCCAGCCUCGCCACUUCAAGUCGCUGCUCUUGGCCCCUGACAACAAACCCCUGGAGCCCAGCGCCCUAAAACGUCUCAAGGACCUGUUUGCCCAGCACGACUGCCGGGCAACUGCCCUACACAUUCUCCAGGUAGACUGCCAGGUGAGAGACCAGCGGCAGGUGGGUGGGGGACACACAACAACAACUUUUCACUUUACCAUUCGUCCCGGUGAUCUCCUGCCCCCACCUCAAGUAUGGCACAUUUUGGGCCUUUUACAGAUGAUUGUUUUUGUCCAAACCUGUCCUGAGAGCUCACUGCUGAGCUCAAUGCUGAUCUGUAGUAUGUUCUCUGCCGCACCACCACUGUGGCUGGUGCACAAAAUAUUUCGGCUAGGAGGUGUGUUUUUUUGGUAGGGGGGUGAAUUCUCCUUCUCACAAUGGGGUAGGGGCUAAAUCUAGGUAGGAGACCUGGCUUCCAGCUCAGUAUCAAGGCUGGGCAAUAUCUGGUUUUCAGUAUUGUGAUAUAUCACCAGCUAAAUAUUUCAAUGUACGGAUACAUCAUAAUAUCUGAAAUGAGAAUGGAACUAUGGAGAGGCAUUGGCUGGCUUCACAGUUUUUCCCACAUUGUGAUUUUCACAAUAACACGCACACGCUAACACACACCAUGAUUUGCGAUAUAUGGCCAGGUCAAAAAUUAUGAAACCAAUAUCAGGAUACGGACUUCAAACCAGUUUUAGGUGAUACAUCCAUAUAUUGCCCAGCCCUAUUCUAAGCUGGGGGGAGGGUGUUUCUAGUUUUGCCCAAAGUUGUUGAGCUCCCCCCCACCCCCCACCAAAAUCUACACUUUCGACAUCAGGAUUUUACCGGACAUUUCAGUGAAAUGCAGAAUACAGUCAUACCUCAGGUUGCGAACGUGAUCUGUGCAGGAGGCAUGUUCGCAACCUGCAGCACUUCUGCGCAUGCACGUGACGUCAUCUUGUGCAUCUGCACAUGCUCGAGCGCUGAAACCUGGAAAUAACCCAUUCUGGUACUUUCAGGUUUGGCGCGGUCCGCAACCCAAAAACGUGCAACCCGCAGCGUUCAUAACCUGAGGUAUGACUGUAGAAUCUCUUCUCUGCCCAUAAGCAUAAAUUAUAAAGCUUUCAUUCUUUUUAAGAUGAUGCAAAAACUGACAGAUGGACUGUGCCAAGAGCUUUUGUCGACUGGCUAGACCAUCGUUUAUGUGUCCAACUGCUCUGUGGCUCACAAAAGCUGAUCUCUUUGUUGGCCUACAAAAUGCCCCAAGACACUGUUGUUUUUACUGUAACACACUGCUAUCCUUCUGAAACCCACUCACAGUCCAUCCUAGAUGGUAAAAGUAUAAUAAACUAAAUAAUUAAGGAUAAGACCUGCCUUGGUUAAGAGGUAGGUAACCUUUGUCUUUAGUACAUCUCAAGACAGAGAGAGAGAUGCAUGGUGUUGCCCUGAGAACUAAACAUGACAAGGUGGACGUUUACUUUUCUUUUAAAAUCAAUGAAUAAAUCUCAGAGCAGAAAGCUUUGGAGCCAAGAUUUCUCUUCCUUCAGCCCUCUUGCUUACUCCUGCACACAUGCUAUUUAUGACACUGUUUUAAUUUUGUUUAACAAAAUAAAGCUGCCUCAUUCAGAAGAGAUAGGUUUGCUUUUAAGCCAGAGAUUCAUUGUGAAGUUUUUAAAAGCCUUAUGAAGGCAAUGGAGAGCCAUGAGAUUGGAGCUGUGUGGAAGCGAUGUGGGGAAGGCCGACUUGUUUUUAAAUGGAAAAAAAUGCAUGUGGGUUGCAUUUUUGCAUUCCUACAUAGUGCAACUUUCAAAGAAAUGUUCUGAUUCCUAAAAUGCCUGAUCUCUCCUCGCUCUAAUGGACCAGGGAAGGUUCUCACACGUUGGGUCCCAAAAAUGAUGAUUUUUACUACCACAUUGUGUUCGUGUUUAGUUCCUGGGUGCUCACCUGAGCACUUCUCAUUGUGCACCUCGUUACAGAAAGCAGAUUUUUAUGCUUGCUUACCUCAGGUGGGAAGCACGAUAUCUGUGGCAGCCCACAAGGGAAACCAGCCUGGGGAGCGGAAUGGCGGGAGGGAGGCCGUUGGCUGCCUCAGGUUCCUCACCCUUUCCCCAAAAUGUCCCCCCUCUAUUCUUCAGGUUGCCAGAAUCAUUGGAGUGUCCAAGGAGCAGCGGCGGGUGAUGGGGGUCAGCUCAGGUCUGGAACUCAUAACCCUCCCUCAAGGGCAUCAGUUGCGGAAAGACCUGCUGGAAAGGUAUUGACAUUUGGGAGUGGGCAAUGGAGCAGACACGGGUGGCGCUGUGGGUUAAACCACAGAGCCUAGGGCUUGCCGAUCAGAAGGUCGGCGGUUCGAAUCCCCGCGAUGGGGUGAGCUCCCGUUGCUUGGUCCUUGCUCCUGCCAACCUAGCAGUUCGAAAGCACAAUGUGCAAGUAGAUAAAUAGGUACCGCUCCAGUGGGAAGGUAAACGGCGUUUCCGUUCACUGCUCUGGUUCACCAGAAGGAAGUAGUCAUGCUGGCCACAUGACCCAGAAGCUGUACGCUGGCUCCGUCAGCCAGUAAAGCGAGAUGAGCGCUGCAACCCCAGAGUCGUCCAUGACUGGACCUAGUGGUCAGGGGUCCCUUUACCCUUUACCUUUAACGGAGCAGACCCCACAAGAGGGGAGAGUGGCAUUCCUAGGAUGACCACAGCUACCCCAGGAGUUGGUUGCUUGUGGCUCAUGCAAUUGCUCUGUGUGUUUGUUUGUUUGUGUGUGUGUGUGUGUGUGUGUGUGUGUGAGAGAGAGAGAGAGAGAGAGAGAGAUCGGGUGUGGGGGGCAACCAAGUCAGUAUGGAAAUUGUAAACUUUGCUAAUGAAUGUACUGGAAGGCGGAAAAGAAUUUUCUUAGGCUGAGUGUUCUAGGGGCCCUGAAAUACUUUUGUGUGUGUUGGCUGCAUUUUUCCUCCUUCUAGGGCUUGAGAUGAGUAUGCAAAGCUGUUUGCCAAGUGGAAACAUGUUCGAGUAGGAAAUCCAGCAAGGGAAAAUCCAGCAGGAGGGUUUUUACGGGGAGUCACCCAGCCUCCGGCCAGACAGAGCUCCAAAUAAAUAGCUAACUUAGCACUGUGAUCUUGUAACUACUCGGUUACCGCUUGGCAACUGGUUGACUGUAUUCACUUGAAUAGUCUGAGCAGCAAACAGCAGCCCAAACCUCUGUAUGCACCAUGUUGAGUUUCACACCUGGGCUGUGAUGUGAUUCUGGCUAAUCUGAAAACCUGAGUGUUUUCCCCAAGACUAGAAAUCACACGUGUAAAAUUCAAAGCCCUUGAGAGUUGAAACAUUUGUGGUGGGAAACUCUAGGUGUGGUAUUGAAAUUGGAGCAUUGGUCAGACAGGCCUCAAGCCCUCUUCCUACCACAAAACUGCUGCUGUGCUCCCGAGUUUGGAAUGUUUACUUAUUAAAAUUUAUGCUACACCUUUUUGAUACGGUGGAGUGACUAAGAGGCUAAGGAUUUGGGGAUGUGUCUGGUUCUGAGUUCACGCUGUGACUUAGGCAGACUGUCUCAAUGUCAGCCCCACAGCUGCAAUAGGGGGAAUAAUCCUACCUUGUAAGCAGGGGUGCCAACUUGAGUAAAAUAUUUGGGGGGCGAGGUAAGCCCCACCCCACAUAAUCACAUGAUGUGCACACGCACCAUUUGAGUGGCAAUGCCCAUCAACAUUGGUGGGGGGCAACCUCCUCAAAUAUUUUAUGGGGGACCUCAGCCCCCAAGAAUUCGCUCCUGUGUUUGCAAGGGUUUGCGAUAUAAUGUGGUUGUGAUGUUACUUGAUCACUCAGCAGUAGUAUAAAAUUCUGUUCUUCUGAUGGUAGGUGAUGGGAUUAGGGAUUUCCUGAAUUAUGGGUAUAUUCAAACACAUUUAGCAUUGGAUAAGAUGGGAGUAAGGGACGCGGGUGGCGCUGUGGUUUAAACCACUGAGCAUAGGGCUUGCCGAUCGGAAGGUCGGCAGUUCGAAUCCCCGUGACAGGGUGAGCUCCCGUUGUUUGGUCCCUGCUUCUGCCCACCUAGCAGUUCGAAAGCACGUCAAAGUGCAAGUAGAUAAAUAGGUACCGCUCCGGCGGGAAGGUAAACAGCGUUUCCAUGCGCUGCUCUGGUUCCCCAGAAGCGGCUUAGUCAUGCUGGCCACAUGACUUGGAAGCUGUCUGCGGACAAAUGCCGGCUCCCUCGGCCUAUAGAGCGAGAUGAGUGUGCAACCCCAGAGUUGUCUGGGACUGGACCUAACGGUCAGGGGUACCUUUACCUUUAAGAUGUCCAUUUUCUGUGGCACAGCACCCUCUUGUGGUGAUUUCAUGGGAGGACAAAAUAAAACUCUAUAAUUAUCUGUCAUUGCUUCUGCACAAGACUGUGUUUGUUUUGAGGGCAGCAGCGACCCCUGUCUGUCCACUCAAGAUUCCCCCUUUGCCACCCCUCAGGCACCACCUCAUCGCUCUGGGCAUCGCUGUGGACAUCCUAGGCUGCACAGGGUCCCCAGCUGAGCGGGCGGCCAUUCUGCACAAGAUCAUUCUGCUGGCGGUGGAGCUGUGGAAGUCAGCGGGGGACCUCUUUGCCCUCUCUGCUGUGAUGAAAGCCUUGCAGCUGCCGCAGGUGAGAGAUGAGUAGGGGAGUGAAAUGAACAGUAAGGCAUUUGCCAACACUCUGGUCACGGGAUCUGCUGCAGGGUAUGGAAAGCCAAGGCUGUGGAGCAGCUGUUUGCCCAGGAGGAUUGUGUAGUGGGCCACGGACAAGCGUGGCCCUUCGGAAAAGCCAGCCCUGCUCUCACUUUGUGUGACUUGCUGUUAGAUGGCUGUUGUGAUCUCUCCUCCCCUCAAACCACUUUCAUCUGAAAAACAAGUAUCUAGUUUCUGGGCCUCACUGAAGGAUGUACAGUGGUACCUUGGGUUACAUACGCUUCAGGUUACAGACUCCGCUAAGCCAGAAAUAGUACCUUGGGUUAAGAACUUUGCUUCAGGAUGAGAACAGAAAUCGUGCUCUGGCAGUGCGGUGGCAGCGGGAGGCCCCAUUAGCUAAAGUGGUGCUCCAGGUUAAGAACAGUUUCAGGUUAAGAACGGACCUCCAGAACGAAUUAAGCACGUAACCAGAGGUACCACUGUAAUGUGCUUUAGAACAUGAGAGCGUGGAUAUUUUAACAGAGCCAUGUUUCCUCAGAAUGGGGAGGCUUCAUCCCAGUUAUCCUUCUUGAAUUCUUCUGAUGUUUCAUUAAAAAGUCCCUGCUCGUGGCAUGUACAAAGUUAUACCUCAAUAAAUCUGCACGUGCUGAUAAUGCCAGCCCUUAUUUUGGUCCUGAACUUGCCAUUCAAGGCCAAGAGGUUUCGGGCUCAGAAAAAAAUGUGCAGAUUAAUGCCAGUGAAAGGGAUCGAAUUUAAAUUUGCCCAACCACAGGGUGUGAAUAUAGAAGAAGCCCUGGCUGUUAUGCAGAAGCUUGCAUACAGACUUAUUAACCCCCUUGUGUGGAUUUAACACAUUUCCAUCCUGUAUAUCAGGGGUAGGCAACACCUGGGAGCAGUGUGGUGUAGUGGUUAAGAGCGGUGGACUCGUAAUCUGGGGAACCGGGUUCGCAUCUCCGCUCCUCCACAUGCAGCUGCUGGGUGACCUUGGGCUAGUCACACUUCUUUGAAGUUUCUCAGCCCCACUCACCUCACAGAGUGUUUGUUGUGGGGGAGGAAGGGAAAGGAGAACGUUAGCCGCUUUGAGACUCCUUUGGGUAGUGAUAAAGCGGGAUAUCAAAUCCAAACUCUUCUUCUUCUUCUUCUGGAUUAGGCUGGAUGCGGCCCAAUCGCCUUCUCAAUCCGGCCCACGGACGGUCUGGGAAUCAGUGUGUUUACAUGAGUAGAAUGUGUGCUUUUAUUUAAAAUGCACCUCUGGGUUAUUUGUGGGGCAUAGGAAUUCAUUCACCCCCCCCAAAUAUAGUCCAGCCCCCCCACAUGGUCUGAGGGAUGGUAGACUGGCCCACGGCUGAAAAAGGUUGCUGACCCCUGUUUUAAUGCUCUGUGGGUUUUUUUUUUAAAAAAACCUUAUCAGGUCAAUCACCCAGGUCUUUUUGUGACACAGAAGUCUGCUGGUAGCUGGUCCAGUAAGUUUGACUCUGCUUCUCCCUCUACAGAUCACGCGACUGGAACAAACAUGGAGGCACCUGCGCCAGAACCACACGCAGAGCGCCAUCACUUUUGAGAAGAUGCUGAAGCCUCUCAUGGGGUGCCUGAACCGGGCUGAAGGUGAGGCCUCUUAGCCAUUUUGACGGAGGCACGCCGGAGGAUGCAGAACAUGGCGUCUACGCGAUGACAUGGUUCUAUGGCUCCCUUUCCACAUGCUUGAACCUAGUUGUGGUUUGCAGGUGUCGCACAGUGUAUAGCCCCACGGAUGUUUAUUUUUGUGGCAUCUGCCUGUGCCACAGUUCACAGGAAGGGCUUUGCUAGAACCGUAGAAUUGUAGAGUUGAAAGGGACCUAUUAAAAACCAUUUGGUACCCUUCUGAAACCUUCGUUUCCAUGCUUUGGUACUAAACACUAUGGCAGCUCUUGGCUUGUCAUUGCAGCCCCCCCCCCCCCAAUCUCAAGGUCAGGUCACUUUUGUACCCACCUUUCAACGUGCAGAAGGCGGUGUUUGGCUACAGCCCCAUUUACAUGGCGGCCCAGGAAGAAAAAGCCUGUGCAGGGGAAGCUGGGGGUGAUGUGAACGCAAUGCUGCCUCCCCAUCUUGGAAAUAGGUGUGGAUGGAGGCAACUACCUUGCCUCUGGCUGGGGACCACUCUGUAGGCUCCUCCUGCAGUUGGAUGACACCCAGAUGAAUUAUGUGCACAGGCUCUUGGAGAAAAAAUUCAUCCUUCCUAUAUACUUGCAUCUAAUAUACCGUUGCUCUCCUACUGUCUCCUGAAGCUCCAUUUUUUGUUUUUUAAAAAGCAUUAUUAAUUUACUUACUGAGCUCUAAAUUGAAGCAGCAGCAUUUUUGAGAAUUUGCACGUCAGCCUGUUAGCCAGCGCUGUCUGCUCUGACUGACAGCAACUCCUUAAGGUCUUUCCCAUUACAAAAAGGCUCCUGGGGUCCUUUUAACUGGAGAUGCCAGGAAUCAAACACAGGACUUUUGCCUGCAAGGCAUGGGCUCUUCUAGUUGUGGCCCCUUCCAUUUUUCUUUUUUAAAAAAUAAUUUAAUUAUAAAGUGAUUUGUGCUUCUGCCCCACAGGGAAUUCAGUCCCCACCCUGAAGGAAGUUGCAGUUCCCCACAUCCUGCCCCUCCUCUGCCUUAUGGAAGGAGAAGUCUGGGGUAGCAAUGAGGAGACCUGUGACGCUCUUCUACGGACACUGGAAGCAGCUCGGUUCAUGGCCAACAACGCCAGUGCCUACCGAAUCAGUGCUGAAGCAAAGCUCCAAGGUAGGAUAGCUCUGGACAGUACUGAUGAGCCCAAGCCUGUCCAGAGGUUGGCUGCUUCAUCCCUUUACAGUCUCAUUUUGUGCUCAGGUUAGAGUACAGUAUAUGAGAGACUUACAUUUUAUUCUCUCAAACAUUUACAACUGCAUAUGCAUGGAACGUUUCUUGGGAGUACAUGGAGAUUGUUUGUUGUAGAGAUUUCCAGAAACCGAAAAAGUUAAGGAAACAAAGUUGGCUGAGCUGCAGGAAUAGACAGAUGCAUCCAGGGGCAAAGUGAGUGUCAUGGCUGUGUAGGGGUUGGAACCUGGGCUUUCCAAAGCGAAAUCUGGCAGGCAACCGUUCCAUCGCUGACUUUUGCCACAGCAAAAGGGGCUGCUGCUGCUGCUGCUGCUACUGUUGCUGGACUGUGUUUUGCCUGCCAGCCAAGUUCUGCAGCAUGGAUUCCUAGGUCCAGCCUUGCUCUUGCCAUGGGCAGCACCUCCUUCUGUCCUACGGAGUGGCAGAAACAUUGCCAUUCCCUCUGUAAAUGCCAUGUGUUCAUGUGCAGAUGCAUGCCCUGUUUGACACGCCCCCCCCAAUUCAAGCAAGAGACUGUUGGGUGUCCUCAGUCAAAUCCUGUAGCCACAUUGGUGCUUAAAAUGUGAAGCAGCGAGAUUUUUUUGGGAGGUUGUGAAGAGGUGUAGUUUGCACAUCACAAAAACACCAAAGGGGAUCCUCAAAGCGAGGCCUCUCAGGCGCACGUGCAACUUGUGCCAAGGCCUUCCCUCGCCUACAUUUUAUUCUAGGCAGCGAAGGCUUCUGCACUUCCAUUAUUUUCUUCUGUGUCAGCUUGUCUUAGCCCCAGGCAAACACUCUCUCCCUUCUCCAGCCAGCUUUUCUGCUGCCUUUCCAAUAAAAAAGCUAGAUAGCAAGAACCAACCCACAGGAGUUCAUGUCUUGUAGCACUACUUGAGUAGCCUAUUAGUUCCUUUCCCUGAAGCUCGGGGGGUUAAAUUUGCGACAUGCUGCAUCUGUCCACUGUGGCUUGUGUUGCUUGUGAUAACAUCAUAAUCUGCUUUGCUCAGGAUCUGAAUUCUGCACAGCCAACACCUGGUGCCUCAAGCAGAGGCUUGCAGAGAGGCAUUCCUUUUCAUGCUGCCUUAAUGUUUUCAUGCAUGUGUGUUUAAGCUGAUGCACAAAAGCGCCACUGUGGCCCAGAGGGGCUGCCCUUUCUUCUACCUGGUAUUGUGGCAUCUAAAGAAUAUGGUUUCGUGCUGAGCCUUUCCGUUAAGCCAGCACUGCUCAAACUGCUGUUUUGUUAUGUCCUGGAACUGCUUCUCUCUAAGCUUAUAAUGUGCAACUUCACACCUUGAGCCACCUCUAUUGUGGGCAAACCUGGUGCCUGACCUACGUGUAACUCUCUCACUCCCCAUGGACAACUGCUGGAGCCUCACGGCUGUUUUUUAUCCCUUCUCCAGGGUUCCAAGGUACUCCAGAACUCCUGGAAGCAUUCCAGACUGAGUUUUCCCUCCGCUUAUUCUGGGGCAGCAGAGGAGCCGAUGUGGACCGGGUGGAGAGGCACAAGAAAUUUGAACAGAUCCUGACUGUCCUUUCCCAGAAAUUGGAAUGA